AUGCGUAUAGCAAUUGAGCGCUUUUUUCUAAACGCUGUUACCCGCGAGCUAUUUAGCAAAUUAGCGCUUUUCGUCCAUUGUGUUAUCCGGCGUCUCGCAAGCAGCAAGUGGCGUUCGCUCCUCAGUCGCGCCGCGCGCACCGAUCCCUACGCAUCGUCGUUGCUGCAGCGGUUGUCAGCAAUAGUCCGCAGUCCGCCCUUAUCAAAAUAUUCCCGCAUUGAGAUCGAUCUGCACGUCUACUCUGUGAUAACGUCCCGAUUUCCAGUGACGUCACGACUUCUUGUUUAUAGUGAUUUUGUGCGUUUGUUCGUGAACACAUUAGUUGCCGGCCUGUUAUUUAUUUGUUUUGAUUCGAUUGAUAAGAAGAUAUCUGGAGCGUCGCUUGCGCACGCCGUCCGUCUGCUCCGCGAGCAUUCUUGGCAUGAGGUGAGUCAUCGCACUGCAUUUAUAAAUAAUGCUUCUAGCUCAGCAUCGGUUCUUAGAAACCCCAGUACUAGUAUCUCGGUUCGUGAGUUGGUUAUUAGUAAAGAACACUCGUGCUUGGGUAUAUUAGCAACGCACCUGCCCCACGAGCCGCGUUUCGAUGUCAAUGCCCGUCAAAUGCGGCACUAG